UGGACGGAUCAAGGAGGCAACAGCAGCCAGGCAGGCACACUCGCCACUCACUGUGCUUCCCUUGUGACGUAUUGGGACUUGUUCUUCCACCACUCUCACACCGGCACCUCCCGCGUCAGUGCCGCGAACAGUAUCUCGUGUGUGAGAGAGACAGUGACCAAGAGUGCCGGUGACCAGUGACUAGCUUGUAGAGGUCUUUGUGUAUGUUUGUGGUGGUCAAGAUGCUGCCCUUCCGCGUGCUGCCGUACCUGUUGCUUCUUGCAGCGCUGUUCGACUCGGCCCUCACCCAGGAGGAGACUACUUUGACACCUUCCCCCGAUAAUUCCCCUCGGCCACCUUCCUUCGACAUCGACUUCGAGUCCACGAACCCCGCCUUGACGGGCUGCCCCCCAAGCCAGGUGUCGUUCGAGCUGGUGACGGGUUACGUGUAUUCUGCGCCCGCCGACAUGCUCGACUCGCAGCCCGGCACGCUCAUGCUAACGGACUGCAUUGACAUGUGCAAGAGGAACAGCUCCUGCAUGGCUGUCAACUACGAGACCGGCCUGUGCGUCCUCUUCUCCUCCAACGCCGACAUGUAUCCCGGUUCCCUCACCUCCUCUCAGUUCCCGGUGUUCACGCUCUACGUCCAGAAGAACUGCCUGGCCAACUCCCCGUCCUGCGACCGCGCCUGGAGCUUCGAGAGAGUCAUGGGAUUCGAAAUGGAAGGUUUCUCCAAGAAGAGCCAGCGCGUCACCAGCCGCCAGGAAUGUCAGGUCCUCUGCCUGACAGAGCAAGAAUUUUCCUGCAGGUCUGCUAGCUAUAACAACGCUACAGGCGACUGUUCCAUCUCGGACAUGGACAGGCACACGGCUGUCGGAACCGGCUCUUUCCGAGCAGCGGAGAACAGCGACUUCCUGGAGAACAACUGCGUCGAUGACCCCGUCAGACUGUGCGAGUUCCAGAAGAUGGAGGGCCGCAUCCUGAAGACGGUCGACUCUGUGUACCAAGAGGUUGCCGGACUGGAAGACUGCAAGCGACUAUGCCUCACCGCCUCCUUCAGGUGCCACUCCUUCGACUACGGUGACACCGGAGACAGCGUGUGCCGUCUCUCUCACCACGCCGCCGCCACCCUCACCCACAUCGAGGAACCCUACCUCGAGAUCCCCGGCUCCUCCACAUACGAACUCUCCUCCUGCUACAACGUAACGAUUGACUGCCGCUCCGGAGACAUGAUCGUUAAGAUCAAAACCUCGAAGAUCUUCAAUGGCAAAAUCUACGCCAAGGGCUCCCCCAACACCUGCGUCAAUGACGUCAAGGGUACCCUGGAGUUCGACCUCCUGAUGCCCUACAACAAUAUUGACUGCAGUGUGGAACGUGACGCUGCCGCCAAGUACAGCAACGACGUCAUCCUUCAGCACCACGACCUGAUUGUGACCUCGGCUGACCUGGGCCUCAGCGUCCACUGUCAAUACGAUCUGAGCAACAAAAGUGUGAGCAACCGCGUCGACCUGACCGUCGAAGGAGACAUCAAGCCCGCUCUGGAACAAGGCAGCACCGUCGACUCUCCCAACGUCAUCAUGCGAGUUGCCAACCGCAACGGCGAUGACAUCUCCGAUGCAUCCGUGGGAGACCUGCUCCAGCUCAUCUUCGAGAUCCCCGACAAGAACUCUCCUUACGAGAUCUUUGUGCAUAACUUGUAUGCAAUGGACGGCAGCAACACGAACAACAUCACUCUCCUUGACAGCCGCGGCUGCCCCACCGAGAUCUCCAUCAUGAGGCAACUUGUCAAGAUCGACUACACAGGCAAGAUUUUGGGUGCUUCCUUCGACGCCUUCAAGUUCCCUACGAGCGAUGUGGUUCAGUUCCGUGCUCUGGUGACGCCCUGUCUACCUACCUGUGAGCCCGUCGUCUGUGACAUCCUCGACUUUGGUGGACAGAUGAAGAAGGUAGACAGCUAUGGCAGGAAGAAGAGGGAGGUGUCGGAGUCUAUCUUCUUUGACUUUGGUGCUUCAAUGUUUAACCCACAGGCCAUUUCUGAGACAUCUGUUCAAAGGAUCGUAAAGCGCAGCCCAUAUAUGCUGGACGUUCAAGCCCUCAGCUUUGUCGACAACUUCCCCGAUGCCUCUGUCAGCCACCGCAUCAGGAGAGAAGCGCCCGAGCAGCAAAUCCCCGAGGAGAUGCUUGUUGUCCAGUCUAUCAAGAUCUCCGACAAGUUCGGUUUCCGUGGCCCUCAGGCCCAGAGCCGUGACAAGUCCGUCAACAACCUCUUUAAGGAGACCAAAACCGGGGUGGAGGGAGACGCCGAGAUCGUGCUCCAGGAGGACGUAUCUGGAGUAUGCAUCAACAUGGUGGGUCUAGUGCUGGCCUGCUCGGUGUUCCUGGUGGCGCAGCUGGUGAUCAUCGUGGCGUGGACGGCCGUGUGGCACCGCCGCCGCAGGAGCAAGCUUGAGGAGCCUCUCAGCCCGGCCACCACCACAGAGUCACUCCGUCAGCUCUACGACUCUGGCUACCCACGCAGGAUCUAGCUCCUCCCCGCUCGAGCCGCCGGCGUGCUCACAGGAGCCCUUCGCCCCGUCCUCAACGCCUCGCUGAGAAGAAAAGUUGGUGAGACGGGCGCAAGAGACACUCGCAAAUUGGAAACUCGACCUCCGCGUGUCCUCCAAUCCCGUCACCAUCCUGCUCAUGUCCGCCAAGAUUCGCUUUAUCCUAUUGAGAUCCUGUAGGCAUGUAGCUGGAUGGAGUCAGCACGGGAGAGGAGGGCGAAACCUUCUGGCCCUAGGAACUGUGUGCAACAUUACCGCCAGCGUGUAACACGAGGCAACCAAUGGGAAUAUUACGAUGGAACCUGGCAGAUCCCUGACAAGGUUUUGGGGCUCGUUGGUCUUGAUAUCAUCGAGACGAGACACAGUGGGCAACGUUGCCGCAAAGAUACACGCUGGGCCGCCAAGAACCUUCCUGCCCAAACCAGGUGGCCGAGCGGCUUCCAUUACUAAUACAAGACACUAGUGAAGACGCUGGCUUGACUUGACAAGUCACGAAAUGCUUCACCUGCUAUUUCUGGAACCUACCUCCACAAGAGGGGCAUUUACGAUAAAUCACAAGAUUAUCUAACAUUGGGCAUUUGGAAUUUGAUCUCUAAAUUAGAGGCAUCCCACUGAAAAACUCAAAACUCAAAGGCUAUUACCAAGGGCAUUAUACCUGGUGUAUCAUAGGACACACUUGUAAUAACUUAGUGAUAAGGUUGUUUUUAUAUAACAUUUAAUUGUGUGACGGCAGUGUCUUUGUGACGUGACAUAUUGUGAUAAGUGACGCAAUUUUACCAGAAAAGAAAAACCCGGACUGAACCAGAACUUUUAGUGACUCGAUCUUUGGGAUAUAUUUACUAGAACUCUCGGCUGCUCUUUACCCAAAGCUGGAACCAUCAAACAAUUUCAAACAAUCGAAGUCUGGUGAAGGAUGGCCAUGCUAGCGACGGGCAACAGUCCCACCUGACGUCAGCAUCAUUCAGCCAACGUCAGGCCAUGCUAGCGACGGGCAACAGUCCCACCUGACGUCAGCAUCAUUCAGCGAACGUCAGGGCCCCAAUUCAUAUUUUCAUUAUUAUCCUCGGGCUCACCUUGGCCAGGCUUCCUUUGCCGUUAAUAUUGUUGUUGUUGAUGUGAUGGGAAGGGUGAGUCUUGCUGGAGACGCUGCUUGCAGGCGACUGGUGGUGGUGGCGGUGCUUUGGGGACUCCCGGGGUAGGUCGGGAGAGGUGCGGUCACCCGUUCAAAGCCUGGCGUUGUGGUUAAAUCAAAGAGUAUUCGUGAUAAGAUUCCCGCUCGUAAUUUACAAUACUUUGAAUUUUUGUUCCAGCUUUUAAUAUUCUCUGUAAAUUAUAUAGAGAUGUGUCUCUUUCACGCCCAUGUGAACGCUCAACUCGCCAUACUGAAUCGAAAUCUCUCGCGUGCAAAAUAUAUAUGUGAUCAAAUAUGAACUUUGAUUUGACUAACUGGCGCCCGAGCGAAUGGGCCGGACCCCUCUCGCCUCAUCCCGUGCUUAUUGGUGCAGGUACCAGGGAUAUUCACCCGUUCAACUAGAACGAGAAAAACAGGCACAAGACAAGCAACAUCUUUCCCCCCUAUUCAAAUAUACGCAGUUAGGAUUUCUAGUUGGGACCUUUAAGCUGAAGUUGCUAACUAUAUAUGUGUGUGUGAACCAAUGCUGUAUAUAUAUGUAGCAGUAGAGACUUGGAU